AUGCUGUGGUUGUGCUGGCUCGCGCUGUUCUUGCCUUUGCUAGCAGAUCUGGCUGAAGAUUGUCACGAGUGUGGAUCUGUAGAGCUUCUGCAAAAGCGUGCCAGGCGGCAACACGUGGAGCAAGAUGAUGUGGCCGCGCAAUGCUCGGCCUGCUGCCAUGGCCUGAAGGACUAUGAGGUUUGCGGUUGGUGCCCAGAGAGCCGGUCUUGUGUCACUAUCACAGAUGACAAGAGCACUUGCCUGGUGGUCACUUCGGAGAAUCAAUGCUGGGGAGCCUCAUUCCCAGCCUCAAUGAGCAACUAUGCCGGGAAGAUUGCGCAGACCUUCAAGGCCCGGAAUAAGGAAGCGGCUGUGCUGAAGCCCUUGGUCACUCCGUACCCCACCUAUGCGGCGCUCGAUCCGCCUCAGACCGGGAUUUUCGACUUGGCGUCCGGCGUCUCGUUGAGCUCCUUGCAGGGCAAUCCUGCUGAGAACGUGGUGAUCGGGGCUGCUGCAGAUUGGGGCAGCGGCACGGGGGAGUCCAUGGUGGUGGCCACGCUGCUGUCACAGGAGCAGCCGCAUCUCACGAUCCAUUUGGGCGAUGUCUACUUGGUUGGGGAUGCUGAGGACUACCGGCACAAUGUCAUGGGCAUUGACCCACCUGCUUCUCGAGGGCAGAAGGGAGUUCAGUGGCCCAAGGGGUCCCACACCACCUUCUUGAUGCCUGGCAACCACGAGCAGAUCGAUGGGAUGAACGGGCUAGUUGAGCAGGGCUAUUCCUACUCUGGGCAGAAGGCGAACUUCGGUGCAUGGUUCAGUGACCAUUGGCGGUUCAUUGCUCUGGACACCGGCGCUUCGUGCAUGCCCUUGGGCCCUGCUCCAAAUUUCGCUCGCAAGCUUGGGAUUGAGACGAGUGCCCCACUCACCCCAGAGCAGGUGCAGUGA